CCCGUCUCUCCAUCGCAUAAACACCGGCCUGAAAUUCUCCUCCAUCAGAAUACACAGCAAGAGAGACAGAGAGAGAGAGAUUCCGGCCGAUCUAAUCGAUACGAUAUUACUUGAAUCAAUAUCAGCGAUCUAUCUGUGCGAGAUUUGAUCCUGAAAUGUCUCUGGCCGGAAAUGCGAUUUUCUAUGUGAUCAGAAAGGAAGACAACGCUGCGGAAGCUCUGGAUACAUCCGUUAUAUGGGAGAAGGAGCGGUAGUCCAAUAGCCUUCAAUCAAAAUUAUCUAAUUAUAUUCAAUCGACCGUUUUCGAGAUCCAAAUCGUUUUUCUAUCAUUCCAUUUUUAUUGUUUUCGUCUUUUUGAUUCCCCCCCGAUCCGAGAGAUGUCGAUUUCAGAACAGAGGAAUGUGGAGGUGGAGUUCGCCAAGUGCGAGUGCUGUGGCCUGACAGAGGAAUGCACCCCGGCGUACAUAAUGGGCGUGCGGGAGCGUCACCACGGCUUAUGGAUCUGCGGUCUCUGCUCCGAGGCUGUUGUUGAUGAGAUCAGCCGGGCGGGACGCCGGAUCUCGACGGAGGAAGCGCUCGCCCGUCAUAUGAAUUUCUCUCGCGCCUUCCGCUUCCGAUCCAUGGCUCAAGACCCGCUGGAAUCAGCAGAGCAUUUAAUUGCUGCGAUGCGACAGCUGCUGCGCCGUGGCCUUGAAUCUCCGCGGUCUAUGAAGUCGGCGCCCCCGAGCUUGCGCCGGCGGAUGAAGGAAGACGGAGUUGAUAGUGUUCCGCGGCCAUCGUUCACGCGGUCGGGAAGCUGUUUCCCUACCUUCGCUGGCUGAGAGAAACCGAAGGUUCUUGAUCAGCCAGCCGCACAAGUACUGUAAUUUUCUACGCGGAUGAAAUGUAAGGAAUAAACCGCUUGUUUCUGCAUUAGCAGUUAUAUAAAUUGGUGUAUGGUUUUUAUAAGUUGAAGAAUUUCGAACUUUUUCGUAAUUUAUUGGUAGGUUUUGUCCUCAUUCCCGUUACAGAGAAUCUGUAUAAAAUCCUCCAAUUCAGUUAACUGAUCUUGUUAUCUUUGUAGUUUUAA